AUGGCGACACGGUGGCAGCUCUGUGUGUGCAGCCUGGGAAUCCUCCUCCUGGCGCCGUGUUCUCUCUCUGAGAAGUUCUCCCUGGCUGGCUCCCCACACCCCGUGGUGGGGGUAGUUGGCCAGGAUGUGGUGUUACCCUGCCAGCUCUCACCUCCAGCCCGGCUGCCCAGCAUGGAUGUGCAGUGGAGAAAAAUUGGAUCAGGAUUUGUCCAGGUUCAUGAGUACUCGGAUGAGGGUCCCCAGGACGUGCCAGGCGAGAGUUACCAGAACCGGACGGAGCUGUUCCUGCGGGAGUUCAGCAGCGGGAAUGUCUCCCUGAAGCUGAAAGGGCUCCAAGUGACAGAUGACGGGAAAUACCAGUGCUUUGUGAGGAACCCAGAAUGGAGUCGCGAAGCCACCACUGACCUACGGGUCAGAGCAGUGGCCCCAGUGUUCAUUGAUGUGCUGGGCUUCUGGGGUCAGGGGAUUGGUCUGGCCUGUAGAUCUGCAGGCUGGUUCCCCAAACCCGAACUCCAGUGGGUUGGAAAGAACCUGGCGAUGGAGAUUGUUACCAAUGUGACUCAGGACAGGGAGAACCUGUAUAGUGUUGUGAGUCACGUCACUGUCACAGAAGGGGAAGACAAUGGAGACAUCAGCUGCAUAGUGCGGAAUGGCCUGCUGGAGACUGAGCAACGAUCUGCCAUUCACCUCUCAGGUGACAUAUUCCCCCAUGUGUCUCCCUGGCUGGCUGCAUUCUGGGUGAUUUUCACUCUGGUUCUCAUUGCUGCUGGAGCUUGUGCAUAUCUUGGAUACUCAGCAAAGCAAAGGGCCUCUCUGAAGAAACGCUCUGAAGAGGAGCGUCUAUUAAACCUUGAGACUGAGAGGGUUGCUUUGGAAUCAGAAUGCCAGGAGCUGUGUGAGAGGCUCGGCAGGGCAGUCACAGAGCUAGAGUUCAGGAGGGCUCGGAGCUGCAUGGUUCCUGUCACCCUGGAUCCGAGUUGCAAACACCCUGAACUCACUGUGUCUUCAGAUGGCAGAACAGUCCAGCACAACCCCCCCUCCCCAGAGCCAGCUGCCCUUUAUGGGGCUCUGAUCGUUGUGGGGAGAGAGGGGUUUGUGUCCAGGAGGGAUUAUGGUGGGGAGGGCAGGAUUUGCAGGUGGUACUGGGAGAUAAUGGUGGGGGACAGCCUGGACUGGGAGCUGGGGGUGCUGAGUGAGUCUGUGAGGGGCAGAGUGAGACAGGAGAGGCUGGAGAGACCCCCUGAGUGGGGGUGCUGGGCUCUAGGGAGAUCUGGGGGGCAGUAUCACCCCAGGGAGGCCAACACUGUGAUCCAGAGCUGGGGUGUGACACCGACAGUGGUUGGGGUGUAUCUGGAUCUAGAAGGGGAGAGUCUCUCAUUCUAUAAUGUCAGUUCAAUGGCCCUUAUCCUGGAGAUUCCUGUGGAAGGUUCUGAGAGAUUGUUCCCCUUCCUCAGCCCUGGUCAUGCUGUGGGGAGGGACCUGAGAAAACCCCUCAGCAUCUGCCCCCCCAGCGACUGGGAUUUCCCCCAGAAAUUAGGGGAUGGGGAGGAGAUUUCAUCCCAGAUGGGUUUGGAGGACAAGUUCACCUAUGGCUAUAACCAUACGGUGUCCAGUGGCAGCUCUGGAAAUUAUGCCUGUGUCUAUGAGAUGAAGAACAGUGACAAACGGGUGACCAAAUCCCACCUCAGCCCUGCUAAGCACCUCAGCGUAACCUCCAGCGCGAGCAGCCGCGGAGGAGGUGAGGAGCCGACUCGCACAGGGCCGACCAUGUCCCUCAUCAUCUGGGCUGCCCGCUGUGCCCUGGUUCUGCUGCUCCUGGUGUCUGCGCCUGUCAUCACCUUCGUACUGGAGAAACGGGGCUUGCCUGAGCCUGCAGGACUGGAGGACACUCAUGUGGAAGCAUCAUGA